AUGAAGCAGCAAUCCUUUUGGAGGAGUCAUAACAAUCAUCAUAAUCAUCAUCAAGAAUAUUCAUCAACAUUCAAUAUUAUUCCGAUUCAUCGAUCAUUUCAUGAUUUAUCCAUAACGAGUAGAGGAAGUGAUGAUCCUGGUCUGGCAAAGCCGAAUAUGAAUUCUCAUCAUGAACAUGCUCAUGAUUUUCCUUCAUCUCCUAAUUUGGAAAUAACAAUGAAUGAUCAUUCACGGCUUGAAAUAUUCAACAACAAGGAUCAUCGAGUUGCUUCUGAAAUUCAUCAUUUCAUUGCACAUGAACCCAACAAUAUUGACAUUUAUGGAAAUUAUAAUGAUCCAAUUGGAAAUAGCAAUUCAUCCAAUCAUACCAACUCGACACAACCAUUCAUGAUCAAUGUGUCAGAUUCCUUUGUCGGUAUUGGCAUUUCUUAUUACCUCUAUUAUUUAUUUGCCUUUUUAAUUUGGUUGGUGUUUUUCGAUUAUGUCAUUCCUGGAAAUUCAUUGUGGAAUGUCAUAUUUUCAACACUUGCUUUCACACUAUUAACGAUUAUUAGUUUGAUUGCCAUACAUAGAGCGAAAGUUGCAUCCUCGAGGUGGUCCUAUUUAUUAUUGGCUGCAUGUGAAGUGUUGUGUGGAUUUUUGGCAUAUACUGUUUUUGUGAUUCGAUUUUUAAUGACCACAAAUAGAAUGGAUCGACAAAAGAUUUUACAAAACUUGAGGACAGAAUUUAAGAAUGACACUUCUCGAUUGGAGUUUAUUCAAAAUGAAGUGUCACGUCGAAAAUGGAAACAAAGUCACGUGUUACAAUUGCAUCCACCUUCUGGAACCUUUGUAUUUUAUAACAAAAUUUAUUUGCAGGAGGAUUAUUUACCUCGAUUUAGAAAAACUAUUUUUCGAAGAGAUCUAACUCAUAAUCAUGAUGGUUAUCCACAACAACUCGUGAAUGACCGUAUCAAUAAUAAUUUGGAAGAAUCAUUGCUAGAGAAAGAUAUACCAAUCGAAAAUGAUCAAAAUUCAUCAUCUUUUCAACACUUGGUGUCUUUGGAAGAAUUUUCACAAAAUCAUUCACAACAAGAAUAUGUGCCACCUCAAUUUACUGGUAGUACCAACAUGGAUAGCAACACAAAUACUUCCAUUUAUUACACCCACAGAGAAAGUGAAAACGAACUCGUGACAAACUCUCAUCAUUUGAUUUAUUAUGAGAUUGAAGUUUCCAAAGGAUGGACAGAUGCUCUCAUUCGAUCUCUUUGUUUACAAAUUUAUCUCUUUGAAAUGCAAUCGAAAUAUCGAACACCGUAUGCCUUCUCGACCAUUGUGGAUGCCAAUAAGGGAUUUUCCUUAAUGAAAUUAUUCAAGAAAAAGUUUUCAAAAGCAAGAACUCAACCGAAUGGUACAUCAAGAAUCGAUGAUGAUCACGACUCUACUCUGGAAAAUGGUGACUAUGUGACAUUUGACACUGUCCUUAAAGAACACGGAACAACAGCACCACAUUUUAAAAGCAGACUCUCUGUCACGUCUUCAUCCACAACCAACGAACAAGAAUCAAAUUUUCAAUUCAUAGAAGAGGAAGUAACUCCAAAAGAAAUUACACUUCUCGAACCAAGAGAACAUUUAAUGCAACAAGCUAACAAAUCUUCGUAUUCCAUUAUGAACGAUCUUGAGGAAGGAUGUUGCAAGGUGACAUCGAGUGUGAGACCUCCUGUGGAGUAUGCAACACGGAGCUAUAUGAUUCGAACGUUAUUUCAAGUGAUUUUAUUCAAACUUUUAGUUUUUCUGAUAUGGUUUUAUUUGCAAUCGUUUGCUUAUGAAAUUUGGGACGUUACUCCAACAGAAAAGCAAGCCGCCAUCAGUAUUGGAUUUCAAGUGUCCAGAGUUGUCAUUCCAUUCAUUUUAGAAAUGGCUUCUGAACUUUUACUUCCAACUCGCCAAAUUGAAUCCAUUCGAUAUUUUCACAAUUUUAUUUCACAAAUGUUUUUUGGCCUAUUUUACAAUUAUCUCUUUGUCAAAGUUGAGACUUGGGAAAAUUUCUUCCUUCUUACAUUUAUCAAUUUUAUUUUCCUUCUCGUACAAUAUCCUAUAAGAGCGACACGAACUGCCUAUUUGAUUACACAAAAAGUGAAAUAUUGGGUGUUGUACAUUUUUGGAGUGAAAAAGUUCUUUCCUUCUCUCUUUUAUAGAGUGACACUCCAAACAUACGAGUAUUAUUUGAGGAAUAUUUGUGCCAAGUUUUAUUUGUAUGAAAUUUCGAGUGUUGCUUCGACCUUGUCCUUUUUGAUUUUCACCAAAAUUUUGAAAAGUAGUGAAUACAACUUUCAAAUGUAUCCCAUUCUGAGAGAUCGAUAUGUGAAAGAUGCUUUAUAUGAAUUGAGUAUUACCUCUCAAUCGUUGGUAUUGCUUGCCUUGGAAUUUCUCUUUAUUGUAAUUAUUCAUGUGUUGGUGUUUAUUGGAACGAAAAAGCAUAUUUCAAUCGUGGGAAGAAAGUUAACUGUUGAGGAUGGAAAAACUAGAUUUUUGUUUGCCUUGUUCAUGUUACACUUUUUGAAUGAUAUUCACUAUUUCAUGCAAAGAGCACCAAAGUUUUAA